AUGGGUCUUAAAGGGCCGGAGCCCGUAGCAAGAAUACGAGCUCGAGAAAGAGUCACCGAGAUCGUGCAACAAGAAGCUGAGAUCGCAGAGCUACCACAGAGCCUCCUCCUUCCCUCUAAUUCGCCGUUCGCUACUCCGUCUCCGUAUGGCGCCGAAGAAGGACAAGGUUCUGCCACCAUCGUCAAAGCCGGCGAAAUCCGGAGGUGGAAAGCAGAAGAAGAAGGAGUGGCAUAUGUUCUUCAUGCUUGUUCUAAAUUAAAUUCAGAGGGACAAAAAUGUGAUGAGGGCACAGAGGCAGAACUUGCAUUCCCUGAUGAUCCCAGAAGACAAGAUUCUGCAACGUUUGGAGAUUUUGUUACUAGCGAAACAGAUGAAGUUAUUAAUGCUCAAACUCAAAGGAUGCAAACGGAAGGAGAAGUAGAAUGCCAUUGGAACAUGGAGACUCUUGAUAUUGUGCAGGAGGAAGGCAUCACCAGUGCUUAUGAGGAGCAACAUAGUGGAAAGUUUCAGCCGAAGCCUAGAUUGCUUGACACUGUGAUUGAAGAAGAACCUGGGUCUCAUUACUCUGUUGAUGAUACAACUGGUGCUAAUCAGUCUGAGUGUAUGGUCAAUGAGGAAUCAAGAAACGAUGAAUGCACCAAUACUGCAUUUUAUGGGGAGUAUCAAGAAGAAGAACAUAAUAUUCCACAAGUUCAUAAAGAAUCGGCUCCUGACGUACUGGAACAAGAGCAUCGUGUUGUCUCACCUAGUAAUAACGAUACUGUUAUGGGACAAGGAGAAACGCAGUUUAAUGAAGCGGAAACACGUACUGACAAAAAGGGAGAAAAGAAGAGAGGUCGAAAGAAGAAAGCCACUACUAAUGAAGAAGAAGCAAAUAAGUCUCCUGGGAAGAAGAAGUUGAAGCAUUCGAGUCGUCGGCAGAAAAACACAUUGGAGAAGGAAUUGCUUGAAACUCCGGAUGAUGAUAUCAAACAUCUGCCUAUUAGAGAUAUGCUUCGCCUUGUUGCAUAUAGAGAAUCGCUGGAGAAAAAAGAAGCAAAGGGAGCUCCUGUUGUGCCGCCGACCCAAGAAAGUAAUAAUACAAACGCAUCUUGGGAUAACCAGUAUUAUUCACAAGGUUUUGACGCACAAGACGAGUUUGGUAUGGAGGAAGGAGAAAAUCACGUACAAGUUAAACCGGACUCACCGGUUAACUAUCAAACGUACAUGAAAAAGACACCCAGAACUCGAUGGUCAAAACAGGAGACACAGGUCUUCUACGAGGGAAUUCAAGCGUUUGGGAUCAAUCUAUCGAUGGUACAACAGUUCUUGCCUAAAAGAAGAACGCUACACCAGAUCAAACUGAAAUACAAGUUGGAAGAACGCAAGAAUCCAUUGAAGAUUGAUGAUGCAUUAUCAACUCCCUGCAAAGAUCUUACUCGUUAUCAUAUUGUGCUUAAGAAGCUUCAGCAAGAAGCUGCGGCUGCAAAGGAAGAAGAAGAGCCUGGAGAAGAGGCAGAGACAACUAGUGAUGUUCCUGAGAAUGAGGAGCAGACUAAGUCUGAUGAGCGAGCUGGUGAUGGAGUAGCUGGAGUUAAGGAAUCGGACGGUGAGGAUGUUGAGAAUGGCGUCAGAUCGGACGGUGGAGAUCAAUUCGACGAAAAUGAGGGAGAUGAUGAUGAUUUUUGGAAUUCUUAUAAAAGUGAGAUGUAACAAAAAAAAAAAAAAAGGUGAGAUUAGUUUCUUGUCGUAACAGAACACAAUAAUAGUAAUCUAUUUGAUUGAGAUAAAAAUUCAAAGACUUAUGUUUUAGUUAUA